AUGGGUUUCUCCUCAGAUGCAACCACAUGGCCUACUACAGCAACAUUCAAUUGCAAUGGCACUCGUCAGUCUCCUAUCAAUAUUGUGACUGCUGAUGUGAAGGCUGAUAGUAACCUGACAGCUUUCAGCUUCACUGGCUUUAAUGACAGCUCCACCCUCCGAAACAUUAACAACACUGGAAAGUCAGUCAACAUCGAUCUUGAUGAUCAAAAGAUGAGCGUGUCAGGAGGAGGCCUUCAGAACACGUACACUUCCAAAGAGUUCCACAUUCACUGGGGCAACGGCUCCUCUUUCAGUGGAUCUGAACACACUGUGGAUGGCAAACAAUAUGCAAUGGAGAUGCACAUACUAAAUCUUAGGUCUGAUGUAUCCGUGGCUGCUGCCAAUGACUCAACAGCAUAUGCUGUUCUUGGUUUCUUCAUUGAAGCAACCAAUGACAGUGGCAAACCAGAGAGCUGGAAGAACCUCACCUCAUUCUUAUCAAAAAUUCCUAAAAAAGGUGACUCACUGGACAUUAUGAAUCAACUUACUGUAGAUAGUCUGCUUGAAGGAGUGGACCGGACUAAAUAUUACCGUUACCUUGGCUCUCGGACUACACCAAAGUGUAAUGAAAGUGUGGUAUGGACUGUAUUCAAAGACCCAGUCAAAGUCAGCAAAGAUUUGGGGGUUGAGGCCUUUUUUGGACGUCUGGGAGUUCUGGGGCAGGAGCCAGGGAGCAAAAUCUUCUUCUGA